AUGAGGGGAAUUCGCCCGACAGAGCUCCCAGAAGACUUCUGGAUUCCCAUCCCUCUGGACACCGAUAACAUCACAUCCCUCAGCCCUUUUCUGGUUCCCCAAGAUCACUUAGGGAGCCUGGGGAUCUUUUAUUCCUUGUCAGCAUUUAUGUUCUUCCUUUUUACGACCGGCACAACCAUUAAUACCCUCACUAUUGCAUGCACUGUUAAAUAUAAGAAGCUCCGGUCUCAUCUGAACUACAUCCUGGUGAACUUGGCAGUGGCAAACCUCCUCGUCGCCUCUGUGGGCUCCUUCACCUGCUUCUACUGCUUUGCCUUCAGAUACAUGAUCCUUGGUCCACUGGGGUGCAAGAUUGAAGGAUUUACAGCAACUGUUGGUGGUAUGGUGAGCCUGUGGUCUCUUGCUGUGGUAGCAUUUGAAAGAUGGCUGGUCAUCUGCAAGCCACUCGGGAACUUUGCCUUCAAGCCUUCCCAUGCCAUAGCUUGCUGCGCAAUGACUUGGGUCUUUGCUUUGAUGGCUGCAGUUCCUCCUCUGGUCGGAUGGAGUAGGUACAUCCCAGAGGGCAUGCAGUGCUCCUGUGGACCGGACUGGUACACAACGAACAACAAAUACAACAACGAAUCCUAUGUGAUGUUCCUCUUCUGCUUCUGCUUUGCCGUACCUUUCUGCACCAUCGUUUUCUGCUACUCACAGCUGCUUCUCAUGCUGAAAUCGGCAGCGAAGGCCCAAGCAGAGUCUGCCUCCACCCAGAAGGCAGAGCGCGAGGUGACCAGGAUGGUGGUCGUCAUGGUGUUGGGCUUCCUGGUGUGCUGGAUGCCUUACGCCUCCUUUGCUCUUUGGGUGAUCAACAAUCGUGGGAAUCCAUUCGACCUUAGACUGGCGACCAUACCCUCCUGUCUGUCCAAAGCCUCCACAGUCUACAACCCUGUUAUCUACAUCCUCCUCAAUAAACAGUUCCGCUCAUCUUUGAGGAAGAUGCUGGGCAUGAGUGAAGAAGAUGAUGAGGACUCAUCCACAAGUCAAUCAGUCACUGAAGUCUCGAAAGUCGGACCUUCUUAG